AUGGCUCAACAGAACGGCUCCUCUGGCAAUGACUUCCUCGUCAAGGCCGGCCUUGCGCAGAUGCUCAAGGGUGGCGUAAUCAUGGAUGUGGUUAACGCUGAGCAGGCUCGCAUUGCUGAAGAGGCUGGCGCUGCCGCCGUCAUGGCUCUCGAGCGUGUUCCCGCCGAUAUUCGUGUCGAGGGUGGCGUUGCGCGCAUGUCCGACCCCGGCAUGAUCAAGGAGAUCAUGGCCGCCGUUACCAUUCCUGUCAUGGCCAAGGCUCGCAUUGGUCACUUCGUUGAGUGCCAGAUCCUCGAGUCCAUUGGCGUCGACUACAUCGACGAGUCCGAAGUCCUGACCCCCGCCGACGACGUCUACCACGUCACCAAGACCCCCUUCAAGGUCCCCUUCGUCUGUGGCUGCCGCAACCUGGGCGAGGCCCUGCGCCGCAUCUCCGAGGGCGCCGCCAUGAUCCGCACCAAGGGCGAAGCCGGCACCGGCGACGUCGUCGAGGCCGUCAAGCACAUGCGCACCGUGAAUGCGCAGAUUGCCCGUGCCCGCGGUAUCCUGCUAUCGAGGCCCCCCUACGAGCUUGUCCGCGAGUGUGCUGAGAAGGGCCGCCUGCCCGUUGUCAACUUCGCCGCUGGUGGCGUUGCGACCCCCGCCGAUGCGGCGCUCAUGAUGCAGCUGGGCUGCGAUGGUGUCUUUGUUGGCUCUGGUAUUUUCAAGUCUGGUGACCCCAAGGCUCGUGCCAAGGCUAUUGUCCAGGCUACUACCCACUACAAGGACCCCAAGGUCCUCGCGCAGGUUUCUGAGGGUCUGGGUGAGGCUAUUGUUGGCAUUAACGUGUCGCAGAUGCCUGCUUCUGACAAGCUCGCUGGUCGUGGCUGGUAA